AUGGUUACAAUUGGCAACGCACAUGAUGACAUAAUACACGACGCGGUGUUAGACUACUACGGUAAACGAUUGGCUACCUGCUCGUCCGACAAGACGAUAAAACUAUUUGACAUUGAUGGCACUGACAACUACAAAUUAAUCACCACGUUGGUUGGCCACGACGGUCCUGUUUGGCAAGUAGCUUGGGCUCAUCCUAAAUUUGGAUCGAUCUUGGCAUCUUGUUCAUACGACGGUAAGGCUUUGAUUUGGAAAGAGCAGCCAGAAACUCAACAAUGGUCAAUCAUUGCUGAGCACACCAUACAUCAAGCAAGUGUCAACUCGGUGAGUUGGGCUCCUCAUGAACUAGGAGCAGUAUUGUUGUGUACUUCCUCUGACGGAAAAGUGUCAGUAGUUGAUUUCAAUGAUGAUGGUACCACUUCUCACGUUAUAUUUGAUGCUCAUGCAAUUGGAGUCAAUUCAGCAUCAUGGGAUCAGACUUCCAAUUCUAAACAACAGCAACGUCGAUUUGUCACUUGUGGAUCAGACAAUUUAACCAAGAUUUGGAAUCUUGAUCCAUCCACUAACACCUACAAAGAGGAGGCCAAAUUGGAGGGGCACACUGAUUGGGUUAGAGAUGUAGCUUGGGCGCCUUCACUCCGCCCAUAUAUUGCCACUGCAUCACAAGAUCGCACUGUGUUGAUAUGGACGCAAGACAAGGACGGCAAGUGGCAAAAACAACCCUUGACUGAAGAGAAGUUCCCCGAUGUGUGCUGGAGAUGUUCGUGGUCAUUAUCAGGAAACAUUUUGGCUGUUUCUGGCGGCGAUAAUAAAGUCACUUUAUGGAAAGAGAAUUUGAAGGGUAAAUGGGAACCUGCAGGAGAAGUAGAACAGUAA